CGCCGCCGCCGCCGCCGUUUGUUCGUAUCGCCAUCCGACGAGGAGACCACACGUCCCCCGAUUGGCCCGGGCCCUGGAGGCGGGCGGAGCCCCCGGAAGGUCCCGCUCGUUGAUUGGACGGGAGGCGCUGGAGCGCCAGCCGCCCGGGCCGUUGGGAGCGGUUGCGCGGCGGGGCCUGGCGGGCUGUCCCGGAGCGGCGGCGGCGUUCCUGCGGCCGCGGCCAGAUGGCAUCCAACUAUAGAAAACCUGGUUUAAGUACAGCCCAGCGGAAGAAAAGUGGUUUGAAACCUGAACUUACAGAAGAGCAAAAGCAGGAGAUCAGAGAAGCUUUUGAUUUGUUUGAUACUGAUGGAUCUGGAAGCAUUGAUGUAAAAGAACUGAAGGUUGCAAUGCGUGCUUUAGGCUUUGAGCCGAAGAAGGAAGAAAUUAAGAAAAUGAUAGCAGAUAUUGACAAAGAAGGAAGUGGCACCAUUGACUUUGAAGACUUCUUGGCAAUGAUGACGCAAAAAAUGAGUGAGAAGGAUUCAAAAGAAGAAAUACUGAAAGCUUUCAGAUUAUUUGAUGAUGAUGGCACAGGGAAAAUUUCAUUCAAAAACCUGAAGAGGGUUGCCAAGGAGCUGGGAGAAAAUUUAACAGAUGAAGAACUUCAGGAAAUGAUCGAUGAAGCUGAUCGAGAUGGAGAUGGAGAAGUAAAUGAACAGGAAUUUUUGAGAAUUAUGAAGAAGACUAGCUUAUAUUAGUGUUUGUUGCUUUGCUUUGCAGGUGCUCCAAAAGGUGACCGGGAAAAGACUUAAAAACAGGACUGGUAUCCUUACAUAUUUUAUGACAUUAAAAGAAAGCCUGAAAGGACAGAUUUUUGGUUCUUUCUUCUUUUUCGGAAAUGUUAAUGGGGAACAGGGGUUCAGUACCCAGAAGCACUGUUAAAAUGAGGUAUUACAGGAAUGAAGGUUACGGAUGAACCUGCAAGAUAGGAUCUUUCUUUUUGUUUUAAGGACAAUUUUGGUGAUUGCAAUUUUGGAUAAAGAAUACUAUGUUUUAACUAAAAGUCAUUUCACUUGAGACCCAGUAAUUCCCACUGCUUCUGGGAAAGGCUGUCCUGAACCUACAAUAAUAAGCUGAUCUCUUUAUAACAUCUUCUAUAUAAUCUUAAAAAAAUAGGGUACAAGCACAGUAUUUUUAUUCCUUUUAAGUCUUUCAGGUCAUCUUUUGGUAUGUCUCUUUCGUUUAUUUCCAUGAAUGACUCUAAAAGACAGUCGCAUAUAUAUAUUUAUUUCUAUAUGAAACACUGUAUUCUCAUAGCAAGUGUUUUUGAGCCUGAUGGGAAGCAAAUGCAGAUAACCAGAUAUGGUCCUUCAUUGACAGCUGCUUGCCACCUUUAUAUGUUCAUUUGUUUAACAAUUCCAUGAUCGUCUGAAACCUGAGUCUAGUCUGCUGGAUUUGUCAAAGUUUACUGUAUAAUCAGGCAAUGUCUUAUGCCAGUGUACUUAUUUCCAAGAUGCUAAAGAGUUGUUACUACGUUAUUAUUGUAAGUCUGUAAGGAAAGCUCAGUAGGAUGACUCUCUAGGGUAAAUUCUAGUUUUGGCUAUUUAAAGUCAAAUUGCAGGGAUGACCUGCAUCUGAAAUGGAAAAAUAAUUUGCUACCUUGGACAGCUGUGAAACAUUGAAUGUAUAUAGGUCCAUCCAAUCCAAAUUCAUUUCAGGCAUCACAGCUGUUUAAUUUUGGGGAGAGUAUUUUCAUUUUCUUGAGUAUUUCUCAUACAUACUGUCAAUUGUGGACUUACUGGAUACAGUAAUAAUAUAAUAAAAAUAAUAAAAAUACUUCUGUCUGUAUUAUGGACCCCUGGUUCACAAUUAGACAGUCAGCUUCAAACUUCAGGAGACUGUACAAUCCUAAACCGUGCUGACACUGAAAUGGCAACUAGGUAGCAAAAUGUCAGGAGAGGGUUCAGUGGGAUGGGGAGGGAAAGAACAGUAUUUCACCAAGAUCCUUCUUCAAAAAGCUUCUGCUGCUUCCCAGCCCCUAGUGAGGUUUGUCUCUGCAGAAGUGCGUAGAGGAAAGGCAGAGACCAGCUCCUGGGCUAGCUCGGUGUUACAGCUGCAUCAGCUAGUGAGCCGGAAGGGCCCAGCAGGGGGAGAAUUAGCCUCGGUGAAAAGGAGACAUCCUCAUUUACGUGUUGCCUCAGUGUGCAGAUGCAGAGCUGGUGCAUUUUGCUUGAGUCCUAGUUCUGCACCCUGAACUGCUCUCUCUGAACAGACCCUCUCUAACCAGCACAGAAGUAGUGAGAGAACUUGCGAGAGAAUAGGGGUCGCGGUGUCCUGGGAAAGUUGGAGAUCUGUGAAGCCCAUUAUUAACAUCUUCAGUGGCAGUAGACAUAAGGCAGAAUACUGUAAGCUUUUUAAAAUGUGUAUUAACUUUGUAUAGUGUGAAAUAAAACUGUUUUGCAAGUUUA